ACGCGUGGAGUUGCUCGGUUGAUGAGAUACAUACACACAGGUCGCUAAAUAACUUUACAUCGUAGCGAGUUAUUAUUUCUCUAAAUAUAUACAAUUUCUCAUUCCCUCCGUGACACGGGUUGUUGUUUGGUCAGCCAUGAAUGCAGAGAUAGUUUCCUCACUUCUAACUCAAGAGGUGCCAGCGGGGACCACUUCCGCCGCAGCAGUUCCAGUGGAUCACCUAGACUACGGCUACAUUGACAAAUGCACUGAUGUGAAAUACUUGGGGAAGAUUCUGACGGUGCUAAGGUCUGGAGAUGAGGGUAUCUAUCCCCAUCUGAUACAGUUCUGUGAGAGUCGUCUGGAGAGGCUGGACCCUAAAAGUCGUGCCCUCAGAAAGGACAACCCCCCAGCCACCGCCGCCUGCUUCUCUGGAGAUGAAUGGGUUCAGAUCACGGACGAACUCAAGAAGUGGGAGACAGAUGCCAAAAUGAGUGAAACUGAGCUGAAACAACAAUCUAUAUUCCAUGAUCUUGAAACUGAGAAUCUACCCCCAGUACGUGGAUCAAGUUGCUCUAUUCCUCUCAAGCAGAAUACAGUUUCAAAUGGACAGAAGAAAACUGCACAGAAGAAGGUUCUGCCUCGUAAUUAUAUAGAAUGGGACAAGUUUGAUGUCGACAAGGAGUGUGAUAAAAUUGAUGGAAAUUUAACAAAAAAGGAUCCCCCUGCAAUUGUAAACUCUAGACAUCCAAAAAUCAGGAGCAAAAUGGAUACAACAGCGUUGACUGAACAGGAGAAAGUCCUCGUUGCCAACCGCGAGAAGGAUAAAGGCAACGAGGCCUUCAAGGCCAACGACUAUGAGGAAGCUGUGGUGUAUUAUACAAGGAGUCUGUCAGUGGUACCAACCGUAGCCGGCUACAACAACAGAGCCCAGUCAGAGAUCAAACUGCAACACUGGCACAAUGCCCUGAACGACUGUCAGAAGGUACUGGAGAUGGAGCCAGACAAUAUGAAAGCUCUCCUCCGCAGGGCCACAGUGCUGAAACAACAGGGGAACUAUCAGAGGGCGGCUGAAGACCUGAGGAACGUCCUGCAGACCGAACCACAGAACAUCACUGCUACUAAACUUCUGGUUGAGGUGGAUAAGAAACUAAUCCAGUGUCAACCGGAGACGGAACGUAAAAGCAAGAGGAUCCUGAUUCAGGAAGUGGAGGAGGAUGAGAUACGGGAAGAGCAGAGAGCUUGUCCGGUUGAGCCUAGCGAGGCAGUGGGAGGGGAGAGUGCCGCUGCUGCUCCUGCCGAGAGGGGAGACAUGGGAAAUGCUCAGAAGAAGCCCCACGGCAGAGGAGGGGAAGGGGGCCCCAGCCCUCAUACAGACCACAAUUCACACGGAAGCCACUGGAAAAACCGGGGAGGAAUUGCAGAGAAGUACAAGGUGAACCAACAGGAUUCGACGUCGGACAAGGGUCUGUGGAACGGAGCUCAGGGCUCUGGCAGGAGGGACUCUAAGGGAGCCAGGCCGGUCGGGGGAGACGGAAGCAACCUCGACGCCCCGUGUGGGGCCCUGCCCCCGCCGCUGGCCCGGCUCAAGAACGAGGGAAACCUGUUCUUUAAGAAUGGACAGUUUGCUGAUGCGCUGGACAAAUAUUCACAGGCCAUCACGGGCUUCACAGACUCAGGAUUGGACAGCCCUGAGGACCUGUGUGUGCUCUACUCUAACAGAGCAGCCUGCUACCUGAAAGAUGGAAACAGCUCUGAGUGUAUACAGGACUGCACCAGGUCCUUGGAGCUGCAGCCCUUCUCCCUCAAGCCCCUCCUACGCAGAGCCAUGGCUUAUGAGACUAUGGAGCGGUACCGACAGGCCUACGUGGAUUACAAGACCGUGCUGCAGAUAGAUAUCAGUGUGCAGGCUGCACACGACAGUGUUAACAGGAUCACGCGGUUACUGAUAGAGCAGGACGGAGAACAGUGGAGAGAGAAACUACCUGAGAUCCCUCUGGUCCCACUAUCAGCUCAGCAGCACCGCAGGGAGGAACCACCCAGCGCUGAGGUCCUACAGGCCAGAGCAGAGAAGGCCAAGCAGCAUGCAGCUCAAAAAGCAGAAGUCUGUUUCAAUUCGCUGAAACAAGAAGGAAAUGAGUUUGUGAAGAAAGGUCUGUUCCAGGAGGCUCUGAGGACGUACAGCGAAUGCCUUAAGCUGAAGCCAGAGGAAUGUCCCAUUUACACCAACCGAGCGCUGUGCUUCCUGAAGCUAGAUAUGUUUGCUGAAGCCAAGCAGGACUGUGACUCUGCCCUGAGGCUGGAGCCAGCCAAUAAGAAGGCCUUCUACAGACGGGCCAUGGCCAAUAAAGGCCUCAAGGACUACCUGGCGUGCAGCUCUGACCUACAGGAGGUGCUACAGCAGGAUCCCAACGUAGCUGAGGCUGAGAAGGAGCUGCAGGAGGUCACGCUGCUGCUCAGACAGAGUCUGGCCCGGGGAUCACCUAGCAAUCCCAGGAGGACUGUACCCAUCACUGAGGUUGAGGGGACUGAGGACGAAGACCAGCAGGCUGCAGAGCCAGACAGGACCAAAGUAGCAGAAUCAGAGACAGCAGAAACAUCAACAACAUCCACGUCAACCCCAGGCCCAGCAGAGAACCACUGUGGAGGAGGAGGAAGAGGAGGAGAGGAGGAGGCAAUAACCAUCAACCUCCAGCCCUCGAACGCCUAUGAGUUCAACCAGUCCCUGAACGCAGCGCGGGCCCAGUCCAACCUCCCAGCCUGUGCUGAGCUGCUGAGCCGUGUUCCCCCUGAGACUCUGCCCGUCUACCUCAGUAAUCAGCUGGAUGGGCACACAGUUAGCUUCAUUAUGCAGACCCUGGACACACAGCUCCUACAGAAGGACCCUAACCUCGUCUACCAGCACCUCAACCAUCUACACACUGCUGACAGGUUCUCGGUCGUCGUGAUGCUGCUAAAGAGUGAACAUGAUCAGAUGACUCGACUGUUUGACCGUCUGUCUGCUGUGGACAGUGAUGCCUUCAGUAAGAACGAUGUGCAGAACCUGGCCAACAAGUACAUCUGACCUCUAACCUCUGACCCUGUCUGGCCUGCUGGAGCGCAUCCCAAAUAGGUCCCUAUUACAGAGUGCACUAUGGAGGGAAUAAGGCACCAUUUGGAAACAUCACAGCCGACUUUAAAUACGAGUCCAGACUGCAAAUCACCUUGCGUCAUAAAUAACUACUCAAUAUUAUUUUGUAGGUCAAGUCACAAUUUACCCAUGAUACAUCACGGUUUUGAUGUUCUCAAACGUGACCCUUCACUCUGUCCUGCGUGAAGCUCCCAACAUGACGUACUGGAUCUAUGCAACGCUGCACAACACGACUCAGAAGAACGUGCUCAGAACAUUACGGACCCAAACCGACCCGUUUCUUUCUCUCUAUGUAAUAUAUCACAUCUCUACCGACCUCUACUAGGUAUUUCUCUCUCUCCAAAGACCUUUUUCCACCCUGAUCUGUUUUAGCGUUAGUUGACCGACAGUAUAUAUUGUGAACUAUUUCGCUUUUAAAAAAACAUUCAUGCAUAGGUCCAAUGUUCCAAGAUAUCUGUCAGCGUUUCCCUGCUGGGUCCGUGUUCUGCGGGCCGGGUCCGUGUUCUGCGGGCCGGGUCCGUGUUCUGCGGGCCGGGUCCGUGUUCUGCGGGCCGGGUCCGUGUUCUGCGGGCCGGGUCCGUGUUCUGCGGGCCGGGUCCGUGUUCUGCGGGCCGGGUCCGUGUUCUGCGGGCCGGGUCCGUGUUCUGCGGGCCGGGUCCAUUCUCCAGCCUGCAGAACCUUUUCAAAUCAGAUAACAACCAUAACAAUGUGUGACUACUUUCCCAGGCUGCUUUGACUGACCAAUAGGAUGGUUGAUUGACCAAUAGGAUGGUUGACUGACCAAUAGGAUGGUUGAUUGACCAAUAGGAUGGUUGAUUGACCAAUAGGAUGGUUGACUGACCAAUAGGAUGGUUGAUUGACCAAUAGGAUGGUUGACUGACCAAUAGGAUGGUUGAUUGACCAAUAGGAUGGUUGACUGACCAAUAGGAUGGUUGAUUGACCAAUAGGAUGGUUGAUUGACCAAUAGGAUGGUUGAUUGACCAAUAGGAUGGUUGACUGACCAAUAGGAUGGUUGACUGACCAAUAGGAUGGUUGACUGACCAAUAGGAUGGUUGACUGACCAAUAGGAUGGUUGACUGACCAAUAGGAUGGUUGAUUGACCAAUAGGAUGGUUGACUGACCAAUAGGAUGGUUGACUGACCAAUAGGAUGGUUGAUUGACCAAUAGGAUGGUUGAUUGACCAAUAGGAUGGUUGAUUGACCAAUAGGAUGGUUGAUUGACCAAUAGGAUGGUUGAUUGACCAAUAGGAUGGUUGAUUGACCAAUACGAUGGUUGAUUGACCAAUAGGAUGGUUGAUUGACCAAUAGGAUGGUUGACUGACCAAUAGGAUGGUUGACUGACCAAUAGGAUGGUUGACUGACCAAUAGGAUGGUUGACUGACCAAUAGGAUGGUUGAUUUGUUUCCCGGGUUUGAAUAUUUAAACCCGGGAAUGGACAAUGAAUUCCAAGCUUGGAAGACAUAACGACUUGAAUUGACCGGGCUAGCGUUAGCCCCAGAGGCUAUUGUUGUUGUACAGCUUUAUCAUGCUGAUAUUAAACUAGAUUAAUGCAUAAAUCACAAUAUUAACCAAGCGUAUAAACGAUCCAAACAGCACUAUUUCCUCUGGGGUUCAAGGAGUAUUUAAACUAGAUUAAUGCAUGAUGCAUACAUCACAAUAUUAACCAAGCGUAUAAACGAUCCAAACAGCACCAUUUCCUCUGGGGUUCAUGGAGUAUUUUUCCUCUGGGGUUCAAGGAGUUUUUGACCAUCCAUUCUCUGUUUAGAAAUACAAUGCUAGUUUUGGGCCAGUCGUCUCAGUUCUGUGUAUAACCCCCAUUUGUAUGAAAACAAUGAUGAAGCAACUAACAAUGUGCGCAAUACUAACAGGGAAUUAUACAGGACGGCAAGUCAAGGUAAAUGCAAAGUAAUUGUGUAAAAACAUGUAUCUUUUGAAGAAAUUACCAGAAGUUAUGAAAAUGCCCCAGCAUCAGUCAGCCAGCCAGUCAGCCAGCCAGCCAGCCAGUCAGUCAGCCAGCCAGCCAGUCAGUCAGCUAGCCAGCCAGCAGAGCACCCUUCCAUCUGCAGUAGUCAGCAGUCUAAUGCCCCAGUCAGCCAGCCAGCCAGCCAGUCAGUCAGCAGAGCACCCUUCCAUCUGCAGUAGUCAGCAGUCUAAUGCCCCAGUCAGCCAGCCAGCCAGUCAGCCAGCAGAGCACCCCUCCAUCUGCAGUAGUCAGCAGUCUAAUGCCCCAGCCAGCCAGCCAGCCAGUCAGUCAGCAUGGCACCCUUCCAUCUGGAGUAGUCAGCAGCCUAAUGCCCCAGUCAGCCAGCCAGCCAGUCAGCCAGUCAGUCAGCAGAUCACCCUUCCAUCUGCAGUAGUCAGCAGCCUAAUGCCCCAGCCAGCCAGUCAGCCAGCCAGCCAGUCAGUCAGUCAGCAGAGCACCCUUCCAUCUACAGUAGUCAGCAGUCUAAUGCCCCAGCCAGCCAGUCAGUCAGCCAGCCAGUCAGUCAGCAGAGCACCCUUCCAUCUGCAGUGAUCAGCAGCCUAAUGCCCCAGUCAGCCAGCCAGCCAGCCAGCCAGUCAGCAGAGCACCCUUCCAUCUGCAGUAGUCAGCAGUCUAAUGCCCCAGCCAGCCAGUCAGCCAGCCAGUCAGUCAGCAGAGCACCCUUCCAUCUACAGUAGUCAGCAGUCUAAUGCCCCAGUCAGCCAGCCAGCCAGUCAGCCAGCCAGCCAGUCAGUCAGCAGAGCACCCUUCCAUCUACAGUAGUCAGCAGUCUAAUGCCCCAGUCAGCCAGCCAGCCAGUCAGCCAGCAGAGCACCCUUCCAUCUACAGUAGUCAGCAGCCUAAUGCCCCAGUCAGCCAGUCAGCCAGCCAGCCAGCCAGUCAGUCAGCAGAGCACCCUUCCAUCUGCAGUAGUCAGCAGCCUAAUGCCCCAGUCAGCCAGUCAGUCAGCCAGCCAGUCAGCCAGCCAGUCAGUCAGCAGAGCACCCUUCCAUCUGCAGUAGUCAGCAGCCUAAUGCCCCAGUCAGCCAGUCAGUCAGCCAGCCAGUCAGCAGAGCACCCUUCCAUCUGCAGUAGUCAGCAGCCUAAUGCCCCAGUCAGCCAGCCAGCCAGUCAGUCAGCAGAGCACCCUUCCAUCUGCAGUAGUCAGCAGCCUAAUGCCCCAGUCAGCCAGCCAGCCAGCCAGUCAGCAGAGCACCCUUCCAUCUGCAGUAGUCAGCAGUCUAAUGCCCCAGUCAGCCAGCCAGCCAGUCAGUCAGCAGAGCACCCUUCCAUCUGCAGUAGUCAGCAGCCUAAUGCCCCAGUCAGCCAGCCAGCCAGUCAGCCAGCAGAGCACCCCUCCAUCUGCAGUAGUCAGCAGUCUAAUGCCCCAGCCAGCCAGCCAGCCAGUCAGUCAGCAUGGCACCCUUCCAUCUGGAGUAGUCAGCAGCCUAAUGCCCCAGUCAGCCAGCCAGCCAGUCAGCCAGUCAGUCAGCAGAUCACCCUUCCAUCUGCAGUAGUCAGCAGCCUAAUGCCCCAGCCAGCCAGUCAGCCAGCCAGCCAGUCAGUCAGUCAGCAGAGCACCCUUCCAUCUACAGUAGUCAGCAGUCUAAUGCCCCAGCCAGCCAGUCAGUCAGCCAGCCAGUCAGUCAGCAGAGCACCCUUCCAUCUGCAGUGAUCAGCAGCCUAAUGCCCCAGUCAGCCAGCCAGCCAGCCAGCCAGUCAGCAGAGCACCCUUCCAUCUGCAGUAGUCAGCAGUCUAAUGCCCCAGCCAGCCAGUCAGCCAGCCAGUCAGUCAGCAGAGCACCCUUCCAUCUACAGUAGUCAGCAGUCUAAUGCCCCAGUCAGCCAGCCAGCCAGUCAGCCAGCCAGCCAGUCAGUCAGCAGAGCACCCUUCCAUCUACAGUAGUCAGCAGUCUAAUGCCCCAGUCAGCCAGCCAGCCAGUCAGCCAGCAGAGCACCCUUCCAUCUACAGUAGUCAGCAGCCUAAUGCCCCAGUCAGCCAGUCAGCCAGCCAGCCAGCCAGCCAGCCAGCCAGCCAGUCAGUCAGCAGAGCACCCUUCCAUCUGCAGUAGUCAGCAGCCUAAUGCCCCAGUCAGCCAGUCAGUCAGCCAGUCAGUCAGCCAGCCAGUCAGCCAGCCAGUCAGUCAGCAGAGCACCCUUCCAUCUGCAGUAGUCAGCAGCCUAAUGCCCCAGUCAGCCAGUCAGUCAGCCAGCCAGUCAGCAGAGCACCCUUCCAUCUGCAGUAGUCAGCAGCCUAAUGCCCCAGUCAGCCAGCCAGCCAGUCAGUCAGCAGAGCACCCUUCCAUCUGCAGUAGUCAGCAGCCUAAUGCCCCAGUCAGCCAGCCAGCCAGCCAGUCAGCAGAGCACCCUUCCAUCUGCAGUAGUCAGCAGUCUAAUGCCCCAGUCAGCCAGCCAGCCAGUCAGUCAGCAGAGCACCCUUCCAUCUGCAGUAGUCAGCAGCCUAAUGCCCCAGUCAGCCAGUCAGUCAGCCAGCCAGUCAGUCAGCCAGCCAGUCAGUCAGCAGAGCACCCUUCCAUCUACAGUAGUCAGCAGUCUAAUGCUCACAGUGGAGAGACGAGAAGCAGCAUCUUUGUGAGAUGUGCCGUUGGAGUUCAGCUCAUGGAUCUACACUGUUCUGUUGUGAACCCAUUUCAGAUGUUCUGUUGUGAACCCAUUUCAGAUGUUCUGUUGUGAACCCAUUUCAGAUGUUCUGUUGUGAACCCAUUUCAGAUGUUCUGUUGUGAACCCAUUUCAGAUGUUAUGUUGUGAACCCAUUUCAGAUGUUCUGUUGUGAACCCAUUUCAGAUGUUCUGUUGUGAACCCAUUUCAGAUGUUCUGUUCGUUGCAGAAGACAAUAGUACAUUUAAAAACAUUUAAAAUGACUUGUCAAAAUGUUAGUGUGUUCUUCUUUCUUUCUUUGUCAACCUCAAGGUGAUCUGAAUGUACCAAAUCAAAUCAAUCAAAUUUAUUUAUAUAGCCCUUCGUACAUCAGCUGAUAUCUCAAAGUGCUGUACAGAAACCCAGCCUAAAACCCCAAACAGCAAGCAAUGCAGGUGUAGAAGCACGGUGGCUAGGAAAAACUCCCUAGGAAGGCCAAUACCUAGGAAGAAACCUAGAGAGGAACCAGGCUAUGUGGGGUGGCCAGUCCUCUUCUGGCUGUGCCGGGUGGAGAUUAUAACAGAACAUGGCCAAGAUGUUCAAAUGUUCAUAAAUGACCAGCAUGGUCGAAUAAUAAUAAGGCAGAACAGUUGAAACUGGAGCAGCAGCACAGUCAGGUGGAAGUUGAAACUGGAGCAGCAGCAUGGCCAGGUGGACUGGGGACAGCAAGGAGUCAUCAUGUCAGGUAGUCCUGGGGCAUGGUCCUAGGGCUCAGGUCAGUUGAAACUGGAACAGCAGCAUGGCCAGGUGGACUGGGGACAGCAAGGAGUCAUCAUGUCAGUCGCUUGGUUUAACCAUUCUAUAGCAAUAUAGCUGCACGGUCAGCGGGCUAGCGGUUCAGUGAGGGAGUCGCUUGGUUUAAUCAUUCUAUAGCAAUAGCUGCAUGGUCAGCGGGCUAGCGGUUCAGUGAGGGAGUCGCUUGGUUUAACCAUUCUAUAGCAAUAUAGCUGCAUGGUCAGCGGGCUAGCGGUUCAGGGAGGGAGUCGCUUGGUUUAACCAUUCUAUAGCAAUAGCUGCAUGGUCAGCGGGCUAGCGGUUCAGUGAGGGAGUCGCUUGGUUUAACCAUUCUAUAGCAAUAUAGCUGCAUGGUCAGCGGGCUAGCGGUUCAGUGAGGGAGUCGCUUGGUUUAACCAUUCUAUAGCAA